UUCAUUUGCCCCUUUGUUUGAGGCUGAGCACGUAACUCUCAACCCACUUGGUGAGGCAGGGCUCAGACUGGGGGGGUGGCAACACAAGGGCACCCUCAUGUUAGGCUUCAUCUGAACCAACUACACUUUCACUGGCCGCUAUCUAUGGUCUGACCCUCUUCAUCCAAGAAAAGAAAGAAAAGUGCCGAGAACCAACCACAGCCUAGACAGGCAGAAAAAAAUGUCAAAGAUUGGGAGUUUUGAAGGAUUCCAGCCUGUGUCUCUGAAGCAAGAGGGAGAUGACCAACCCUCUGAGACUGACCAACUGUCCACGGAGGAGGGGGACCCAGGCAAGGACCCAGAGCCAAGCCGUAUUUCAAGGCAUCCAAGUGUGACUGAAUCAACACUGUACCCCAAUCCUUAUCACCAACCUUAUGUCUCACGGAAGUACUUCGUUACACGGCCAGGGGCCAUUGAGACUGCCAUGGAAGACUUGAAAGGCCACAUGGCGAAGACUCCUGGAGAGACAAUUCAAGGCUUCUGGCUCUUGACAGAGAUAGAUCAUUGGAACAAUGAGAAGGAGAGGAUUUUGCUGGUCACAGACAAGACUCUCUUGAUCUGCAAAUACGACUUCAUCAUGCUCAGCUGUGUGCAGUUGCAGCGGAUUCCCCUGAGCGCUGUCUAUCGCAUCUGCCUGGGCAAGUUUGUCUUCCCUGGGAUGUCACUGGACAAGAGACAAGGAGAAGGCCUUAGGAUCUACUGGGGGAGUCUGGAACAGCAGUCCCUCUUAUCUCGCUGGAACCCAUGGUCCACUGAGGUGCCUUAUGUGACCUUCACUGAGCACCCUAUGAAGUACACCAGUGAGAAGUUCCUCGAAAUUUGUAAGUUGUCUGGGUUCACGUCUAAACUUGUUGCAGCUAUCCAGAAUGCCCACAAGAAUUCCACUGGAUCUGGAAGAAGAAAGGGACUGAUGGUGUUAACUGAACCCAUUUUGAUUGAAACCUACAUGGGGCUGAUGUCAUUCAUUGGAAACCGCAACAAACUCGGCUAUUCCCUUGCCCGUGGGAGUAUUGGUUUUUGAGACUCCUUCUGGCAUUAUAAGUAUGCCAUCCACUGAUCUACCUUUAUUGAAGAUUCUGUUUCAGACCACCAUAUAUUUGGACUGACUUAGUUCCUUUUAAAUACUAUUACAUGGUAUUGAACACUUAGUAUCUUAGGAAAUCUAUAAUCUUGAUUAGACUGAUAGAUGCACACUUCAGACCUCAUAUAAGAACAAUCAAAUUUCCUAACCAGAAAAUAAAUGCUCUUAAGCUUAUCAAAUAA